GCCAAUAACGGAGACGGGAACUGUUUAUUUAAAAGCCGAAUACCAGUCAUUUUGACAGGGCUCAGAUUCAGACUUCAGGGGUACAUCUAAUCUCAUUCAGACGCCUCGCGGGCUUAUGUGGGUUAUCUAUGUUUACAGAGGAAUACGCUAUAACGGAACGUCAAAUAUGAUGUGAUCGAGAGCAGCAUCCCACAAUGUAACACACUGUUUUCGCGGUUCCUCGUUUGCCGUAGAUCAUGAAAUACUUGAAGACUGUUGGUUUUUGCGAAAGAACAAACAUCAACCGAAAAAUGCAGAAUCGCGAGCACAUCUUGUCGAGGCGAGCGGUCCGCCACACCUGACUGUUUUGCUCUGUCUCCGGUUGUGACAUGAAAACUCGGACCAGAAAGAAACGGAUAAAAGGGCGAAGAGCUUCAAAAGCCCAUUUGGAUUUGACAGGAAAGAUAUCAGAUUAAGGUGGUGGGUCAACACUUAACUCCGAAAGAGAGUGACAAUCAGAAGCAUGGGUAACCUACAGUAAAGAUCAAGAGAUGGUAGGAGGUCUUGCAACCUGUGAAGACAGUGAUUUGAUAGCUGUUGAUCAUUUGUUAAUGGUCGUGAUUUGGGAGAUAAAAUCGGUUCUUUGGUGUUUGUCUUAAUUCAAAUUAAUUUAUUCAUUUUUUUAUUUUUAUUAUUAUUAUUAUUAUUAUUAUUAUUCACAUAGUCUGCUUUUGGUGCCUGUUUCCCUAAGGCGCGUGGAUAUCAGCCUAGAUUUAUGCGUUUUUUAUUUAUUUAUUUUUGAAGAUAAAAGCAGACUAUAUUUGGGUAGUUAUUCUGACCUUUUCGAACCAUGGGCUGCCUUCAAAGCGUCGCCUGCAAGCCCCGCAUUAAACGCGAGAACAUCGUUGUUUACGACGUCUCAGCGACGAUUGACCAUUGCCCGACAGUGAUUGAAGAGAAUUCACCCAUAGUGCUCCGCUACAAAACCCCUUACUUCAAGGCCGCCGCCCGGAUAGUAAUGCCACCGAUCCCUCGAAACGAGACUUGGGUGGUUGGAUGGAUCCAAGCGUGCACUCAGAUGGAAUUCUACAACACUUAUGGAGACCUUGGCAUGUCAAGCUGGGAGCUGCCAGAGUUAAGAGAAGGACUGGUCAAAGCCAUCAGCGACUCAGAUGGCGUGAGCUACCCAUGGUACGGUAACACCACGGAAACAGUAACCCUCUCUGGCCCUACAUCCAAGCCGUCACGCUUCACCAUUAGCAUGAACGAUAAUUUCUAUCCCAGCGUAACUUGGGCUGUACCAGUGAGUGAGAGCAAUGUGCCUUUGCUCACACGGAUUAAACGGGACCAGAGCUUCACAACUUGGCUGGUGGCUCUGAACACUGCCACGCAGGAGAAGAUCCUCCUGCAGACAGUAAAGUGGAGGAUGAGAGUGGACAUCACCGUGGACCCCUUCAAGCCACUGGGCUCCAGAGCAAGACUCACUGGACGGCUGCACCAGGACCAGCCCAAGAUGCUGACCAAUAUGGAGCCCAUCCCACCAAACGCUCUAGGAAAACCCAAUGCUAAUGAUGCCCAAGUACUUAUGUGGAGGCCCAAGAGAGGGCCACCAUUGGUGGUGAUUCCCUCUAAGUAGCAAGGUGUGGGAAAACAAUGUGAACCAGAUGCACAAGUUUUUUUAUUUUUUUUAUCAAUAGUGACACACAAGUCAAUUUGCCUUAAAUCCACACUGCUGCCUUCAAAGAGAUACUUGGUUCCUAAAUUGUCCUGGAGAAACUCUAUAACUUUUGCCUUAAAACCUCUUUAGACUCAAGAAUAAAAAAGAAGAGAUCUUAAGGAGGGUCAGUCCACUGGCCUGUUGAGCUGCACAUUGAAUAUCACAGCCUAUUCAGCAUUUAAUGCUGCAUUUAAUCUGAUAAGAGCUUUGACCAGUGUGGUUCAAACUAGAGCUUUAAAGAGAAUGUCAGAAAACCUUUUGUGAAACAAGAGGCAUCUGUUUUUGGCACAAAUACAAUAUAUGGGCAACUCAUAGGGCCAGUCUUGCACAGGCAGUGCAGCAAACUGUACACGUUGUUGAGACACAUGGUCUGUUCUAAAACCACGUGAGCUGCCUCACUGGCAGCAUCUUAAGAAAUGGUCAUGUUUCCAUCCAAGUAACAAAUGUAAUUUAUGCAAAAAAAAAAAAUAAUAAUAAUAAUAAUAAUAAUAAUAUUGCAAAACAAUAUAAAGCAGUGUUGUGUUCAAGAGAACAAAAUAGUCACUUCCAGUUGGCACACAAUAGAAGUUGUAGCCACUGGGGACAUUUUGUUUAAUGUAAUAAAUUACGCCUCAUAUUUAAACCUCAUAAUAAAUCUCAUGAUUGCUUGGGAUCUGCAGCAGAUGCAUUAUAUCUGGGUACGAAAGUGUGUCAGGCAGUUCUGGGAGGUAAUUGUAGCCAGUCAUUUAGAUGACAGGCUUUGGCUCCGGCAUUUCAGAAUGACCAGAGGAACAUUUGAGAUGCUAUCCGAUGAUACUGGUCUGCCGGUUAGUCCAAGUAGGUAUGGCUGCAAGCCGGAGACCUCCAAAUGGGGGCAGAAUCUCAAAAAGGGAGCGGAGUUACUCCAGAAAGGGCGUGGUUAUUACAAAAGGGGGUUGCACUAACUCCAAAAGGGGGCAUUACUUCCACUCACGGUUAAGGUUAGAGAAAGGGUUAGGUUAGGGGCUUCCUAUAUCUUUAAUUCAAGUUUGGAACUCCCGCUCCUUUUUGGAUCAAAAUGCCUGCAGCUUUAUCCUUCUCGGUUAGUCCAGUUGUGUGUUAAUUAUUCAGUCACACUACUUGAGGCAAAGUCAUGUGAUUUUUUUUAUGCAUAUCUAAGAAUUUAUUCUGUAAAUGUGCUUCCAUCAUAGUUUAUGCAUGUCUUCUUAUCGAUUAAAAAAAAGACAUCCAGUUCAGGCAAGCAUACAUUGUUGUUUUUUUCCGCAUUAUAGAGAUUAUUCGCAUCUUGGUGUUUUCAUCAAGCAUGUUUUAUGCAGAAUCCCAAAAUUUUCACAAAAGUUUGAUGAUGGAAACAAAGCUAGGCACGCUCCAGCGCAAAGGCUAAUCCAAAAGCCUAAUUCUGCUGCUUCUGAAAUUACCUAAUUUCUUGCCAAAUUCUAAGGUAGUAUUCUUCCCCAGGAAGGCAUUCUCAGAAUGCACUGUUAUGAGCUCGUGGAAAAAUAAGUCCAAGAUGGCAGACGAGGCAAGAUAAAUUUUUUGGUUAUAAAUAUACUCAUAAUCCAAUCAAUAUUGAAAAGUAUCUAUAAUAAUUUUACCCAAGUGUGUGUACUAUAUAUUUGCCAUUGUUUAAGUGUUACGUUGUUCCACUUGCAUCGCCUGUACUGAAAACAAUUGAAAGUUCAGUCUCCCCUGUGCUGUGCAUGUGAAACUCUAUCUGUAUGGUGUGUGGAGUUGCUGCCUAUGUAGAGCACUUCAAAUCGGUCACUUAUAAGGCUCCAUGUCAGUUAGGAUGAUGCCAUAGAAGGCAGCUGCCUAAGUAGGCAGGAGGCAGCGAUGUAGCUCACUAGGUAAUGGAACAGACCCAGUCUUGUUACUUAAAAGUGUACAGUUUAAUUCAGUAUUGCCUUUUAUCUCAAUUAGUUUACAUUUAAACAAAGUUUAUGGUUAAAUCAUUCUCAUAUGAAGCUUUGUAUAAGAAUGAAGCAGAAAGACAUAAAGAGAAAAAAGUCAGGGACAAUGAGGGCAAAAUGGACAAGAUUUUUUUCAUUCCACUGAGCAUAAUCUGGACUGUGAAUACUGCUGCAGUGGUUUUGUUCCUGGAAGUCAGAGGACUUCUGUGGCUUAAAUUUUUAUCCUCUAAAAUGUCAGCAGCUGUCUACUAAUUUGCUUUUCUGCUCACCUUUGAGCGAGGGAACGAGAAAGGAAAGAUUUGAAAAGUAUUGCCAAUACUAACUCCCACCACUACUCAGUAACUCAUUAGAGAGGCACAAACCAUCCAAACCUUUCUACUGAGAAAAUGAACACACACAUCCAAACAAAGAAGCACAACAAACACUCACCUUUCUUCUUGCUAAGUACCAUCCUCCCGAUUCCCCUAAACCAGCA